CACACACUUUUUGCAAUCAUCUCUCUCAAGUGUGCGUAAGGAUUUGCCAAGUCAAUAGAUGAUUAAUUUAUUGCGUUCACAUGAUGGACCAUCGAAGAAGAAGCCCUCCAAGAAACUCCAUGGAUGAACUCCCAUGACAAAAUCACCACUGUUCAACUUCCGCACCAUCUGCAGAUCCUUCUAAUUUCAUCUUUUAUAUAUAUGUAUGUACAUACAUGCACAUGUAUGUAUAUAUAUGCAUCAAACCCUAGUUAGGUUUCUGUAAAUAAGCUUCUUCGAAAAUGGACUCCAUUUUCAAUCUUGAAGAAACUGAAAGAUCCAGUAGGCUUCGACAAAUCAUGGAAACGUUUGGUUUCACUUACGUCUGCCUCUGGUCUCACUUUCCCAAUCCUUCCAAUUGUCUGAUCUUCAUUGACGGAACUUACAAAGAAGAAAACAAGCAAGAAAGCUCAUCAUCUGGGAGUCUAGCCAUGAGGUCAUUUAUUGACUACCAGAAGUCAAUUUUCUUGAUUGACGAUUACAGUGGAGGCGUUCCAGGGUUCGCAUUCAUGCACAAUCUACCAUACAUGGAGCGGAAAGGGUUGGAGCUUUUAAGAUUGGCAUCGAAUCCAGCACAAUUACAAUUUUAUGAAGAAGCUAGGAUUAAGACUGCAAUUUUUAUGGGGUGCAAGAAUGGUGAAAUCGAGCUUGGCAUGUCCAAUGGGUCCUCCCUGCAGACUAACUUCGAAAUUGUGCUGAAGAAUCUGUUUCCUGGCGAUUUCCCUCAAGAAUUGCUUCCCCAACCAGUUGUUCAAGCUCGACCUUCAUCUUCUUCUUCAUCUCUUAGAUCAUUAUCCAUGGACAAUAGCACCGAGCACUCACCUUUUGUCUUCAACAUGCUUCAAACAAGUUCUUAUAUGCCGGAAAUAUAUCCUAUUGAAGAAGCAUCUUUGGAUCGACAAACACCAAAUCAAACACCAUCUUCUUCAGCAAUGAGAUCAGAAGACCCUCUUCAACAUGCCCUAUAUCAAAUUAGAACCAAUAAGUUGAUACCUUAUAGAGAACAUGAAGAAUCUGUAAUGACACAAGCAAUUCUUGCAGCCAUUUCGUCUUCUUCUUCUCCAUCUUGUUCUUCCUCUUACCAUCUUCAAGCCCCUCGAGUUGCUACUGCAUUUAAGAGAUAUCGAUCGUGUUUAGGGUGUACAAAACAACGAGUUCAAAGUCGCCAGAAUCUUAAUAGAAGAUCGCUUUCAUUCUUUCGAAAUCUAAGUGAGGCUCGAGCUCAACAAAGUCAAAUGAUCCAAACAACCCGACCUACAAGCAAUCAACUUCAUCACAUGAUAGCAGAGCGUAAAAGAAGAGAGAAAAUCAAUGAAAGCCUCGAAGCUUUGAAAUCACUACUCCCUCCGGGGUCGAAGAAGGACAAAGCAUCAGUACUAUCAAAAACAAAAGACUACAUAAAUUCUUUAAAAUCUCAAGUUAAUGAGCUUAACAGAAGAAACAAGAUUUUGGAGGCUGAGCAUUCUAGGAAAGAAGCACUUAAUCAAGAUUCCGGUAACAUCUCCGGCGAGAGACUAACAGUCAGAAUCAUGGACAUUGGUGAAUCAACUUCGGAGUCACGAGUCAUGGAAUUGGAAUUGAAUGUCAGAGGGGACCUGAUUCUUGUGGAUUUGGUGGGUCGUGUGUUGGAAUUCAUCAAACAAGUAGAGAAUGUAAGCGUAAUGUCAGUAAAUGCUGGGACACAAAGGACGUUGGAGACAGAAGCUUUAACCAAUCGAGUUGUUUUGAGAUUGAAAAUUCAGGGAAACGAAUGGGACGAAUCAUGGUUCCAAGAAGCUGUCAGGAGGGUUCUUGACGAUCUGGCACAAUGACGUGUCACAAUUAUCUUUUUUAUCACGUGGGGCUAGUAAUAUGAUGUGCACAAUGUUAAAAAAGCUAACAAAAAUGUUUAUUUUGAAACAUUAUUAACGUGGAAAAGUGAAUAAUGUUUAUUUUAAUAUGAGAUUCAGUAGAGUUUGAUUGUGAACAAUAGCGGGGUAUUUUUGGAAUUUUAUUGAGUCGUAGAAGGCCAAUUUUUCUUUAACUAUGUGAUGCUUGUUGUUUUUUAGAAUUUAUAAACAAUAUAAAUCCAUCAAUUUUUCAUAUACUGAUUAAAGAUAGUGUUAAA